AUGUCGCUGUCUGAUAUCUCUGCGUCUGACGUUGAAUCCAUAUCCUCCGCGGCCGAUACCCAGAGCGAUGAGAACGUCAACGCUGGCUGUGGCGUCGACGUCGACGUAUCCUCAGAGAGCCAAGCCCUGAAGCAUCCACGUUUCUACUUCGAGACCAAUUUCAUCAAGUUCCAGAUCGAGAACACGCUUUAUCGCGUUCAUGAUUAUCUUUUUACGAUGCACUCUCCAUUCUGGUCUCAGAAGCUCGAUGUACUGCGUGAUGAUAGUACAGUUCUGGACCUAGACGUGUCUGAGGCAGAUAUGGACGCAUUCCUGGCGAUACUGUACAAUAAGAACUUCCAGGGACACGACUUGAAGACCUAUGUCGAAUGGGAAUCGGUCCUGCGACUAGCGACACGCUGGGCGUUUGACAGCAUCCGCACGCUUGCUCUAGAUAAGCUGGAACCGCUCGCUUCACCUCUCCAGAAGCUGGUCCUUGCUAGGGCUUUCGAUGUGCCGUGUUGGAUUCAGCCCGCGAUUGUCUCGCUAUGCAUGCGGAAGGAGGCACUUUCUCUAGCCGAAGGAAGUUUGCUCUCCAUGAGCGAUGUCAUUGUGAUUGCAGCAGCUCGGGAAGCUGUCAGACAGGCCCACCUUACGACGCCAUCAAAAGAAAAUGUGACCGCGUACGUUGCGAACGUCGUCCUUUCCGAGGAUAUCCCAGCUUCACCGAUAGUAGCUGCCGAAACGCCAUCGUCUGAAGUUCGGCCGCCAGCCAACUUGCCACAGGACCUCUCGGAUGAGCCAGAGCGGCCCACGCAGCCUGCGCGCGUUCUCUCCGCCACACAAUCCCUUGAGAGCGUACCUUCGCUCGUGUUUCGCUUGCAAAGGCUCGACUACGCCUCUGCCCUCGAGAUGAUCACGGAUAAGAACGCGCACAUAUUCAUCAGCGCCUUGACAGAAUAUACAUCUAUCUGCAAGUCGUCUCGCUCUUCUCAAAACCUGAUCCUCGCCCUCCUGCACCGUUGUGCUCGGGAUAGAUCAUUCGGUGCCGCUGGUAUCAAGAUACUAUCCGCUCUACCCUCUCACGUAGGCGGAAAAACCCUGCGAUCUUUCUACCAAGAGCUAGCGAAGUUAUCUAACGAGGUUGCGCGGGCGGUCGACAAUGCCAGAUUACAGGACGCCCACAGCAACUUCGCUCUCGCCAUACAUCAUGUCACUACGACGGUCCACGAUCAUGCGACAUUCUUCGCCAUAGUGAGCAGCACAGGUCCCUACGGGCUCACAGAAUUACUGUACGAGCGGCGGAAAGAAAACCUUUACGCCUUCUACAAUCGUCUCGUUGAGGCACGGUUGUUGAACGCCGCUUAUCUACCUUAG